GCGGCUGCAUUAAAUCCCGGCAUCUGUUGUCGAACUACGUUCUGCGGAUGUAUACGGACGCGUUGAGUUGAGCGCCGCCUUGAGGGGGGUUGUCUCUCAGUCAGCGACCCGCCGGCUUCGAUGGGGAAGACAUAUUUCUGCGACUAUUGUGGCCGGUCUUUUCAAGAUAACCUCCACAACAGAAAGAAACAUUUGCAGGGAGUUCAGCACCAGAGGGCAAAGAAAUUCUGGUUCGAUUCAUUUCGAGAUAACGCCACAAUCUUGGUAGAAGAACUUGCCAAAAAGCCUUGCAGAAAGUUUCUACAAUCUGGACAAUGUGAUUUUGGUGCUAAUUGCAAAUUUUCCCAUAUGACAGAUGAGGAUAUUCAGAAGUUGAGACAAAAGGUAGAAGAACCAACUGGUCUGAUUUCAUCUACACUUGAAUAUUACAUUGAAAACCCUUCUAUGAAGAAAAUACAGUUGAGCAAGAUGACCGACCAAACCCUAACAUUGAUGAAUGGUUGGCAAAGAGAGCCAAAAGAAAAGAAAAUCAUUUGCACACCAGUGACGUGGAAGUAGAAAAGGAGGAGGAUGUGCCUAUUGUGUAUUGGCUACCUCCAGGAUAUAAUUCAACCCAUGAAUUACCACCAUCUCUACACCCACCGCCUCCUGGAGGUUGGAAGACUGCACUUAAUGUUGAAUGGGGCU